UAAUGUGAAAGGCAACUCGUUGUUUGAUUUUAAUCGUCGUUUCAAACGAUAAAAACGCUCUCAAAUACUAAUUAAUUAAUUGCGCGAGUGACGAUUGCAUCCCCGUUGUGUUUGUUAUGUUAAAUUGUGCAGAUACGUGCGCGUUCUGAGUCAAAAUCGUAGACAAUCACAGGAACCGAAAACGAAUACGAGUACGAAGCCAUAUUUAUGAUGUUAUCAAGUUUUGUGAUUAUUAUGUUUUGAAGGAAAACCGGGAACGUUUUGGAAGUGUGCUAGAAGAUUAAUCGGAUAUUUUCCCGUAAGUUACCUCAAUAGAAGCAGGCAGUUACCAUUGCCGAAGGCGAAACUUGUAUUUAUAUAGAAAUCUUUUCCUGCAACACAAGGUCAGUAAGUGUCUAUCUUGGCCUGACGUAUUUUGCCUAAGUUAGGUAUGUACCUGGUUGGCGAUCCGAAAUACGGCGCAAAAUUUAACGCCAGUCCUUGCGUAAGGGACGACAUUUGUGGAAGAUGAAUAAUUAGCAACGAUAUUUAAGAUAGCACUAGAUAUCGUCAACAGUUUAUUUUGGUUAUUUCCAAAAGCACUAUGGAUCCAGUGGGACCAUGGUCUGCCUACGCUUCGUACAACCGAUUGACGGGCGUACAGCCUGGUUCUACCGGCGGGGAUUUUCACCAUCACCUUGCCGCCAGCGGAGCCACGGGGUUGACGCACAACGCGGCCAGCGGAGUCCCUUCGACCACUUCGCAGCUGCUGUUGCAAGCGGCCCACACGACUGCCUCGCUGGCCGGACAGCUUGGCAGCUCUACGGCGUCUCCAUUCAAUCCGGGGACCUUUCUGUCACCACCCCCAGUGGCCUAUGACGCAAUGUUUUCGCCGCUAUUUCACCACGGCAAUCCGAAACCGGCUCAUUACAGUUCUACCAUCAAUGCCCAGCAUCGGCAGGCUUUGGCCCAAGCUCAAGCAGCUGCGGCCUCGAAACAGGCCAGUGUCGAAUCUGAUCUAUCCACAUUGCGUGAGAAUUACAACCAGCAUCAUCAGUCGCUAGCCGCUGCUCAGAGCAGUGGCUUCUUUGACCAGUCAACGGCCUCGGCUCAAGCUGCCUCGUCAGCUUUGGCCUGGCAAAGUAACAAUCAGUUACCCAGCCCAUUUGGCAUUUUGCCACAUGAGAGUGUAGUGCCCUCAUCCCCUGGGCCUCCUAAUACAACGAAAGCAACUACGGCGGUGUAUGAGAAUUUCAAUGCACAUUUUGCAGCAGCACAAACUUUAAAUAAUCAUAUCAACACACAAAUAGUGUCGGCAAACAAUAAAAGUGCAAGAUCAGCAUCACCUCAAGUAGUCAAUCCACCAGUGAAACCUGUCGCAUCACAGGCAUCGAGCAACAGUGCGUCCUUUUAUCAAGCACCUUCUAGUUUCGGAUCUUCAGAGCCUCUGACGAGUUACAGUGGGACUAAUGCAGCUAAACAACAACAAGAAUACCAAUCAGGGAGUGGAAGUAAGUCAUUUUCAUCGAGCAGUCAACAACAAAAUGCUAGUUCGUCUUCUCAUAUAUCACAGCAGUCUUGUAUAGUGUCCACUCCUCCCUCUGUCACAUCCCCGUCAAAAGAAUAUCGUGUCAAUAGAUCUUCAGUUACUUCCAAUUCAAUGUAUAGUUCCUCAGUUACAUCACGUUCCUCUGAUAAAGUAUCUAAUUCUCGUUCAACGCCUUCUAGUAAUUUUGUACCACCUUCUAGUAAAAAUUCAUCAUCUCAAGUUCAGACCAAGGCUCAGGCAAAAGUGUAUCCUGAGUCUAGGUCAUCUGAAGAAAACGCUCAGCCCCAAUCAUCCCCAAUUAGUUAUUCCAUAAUGGAUGCCCCCGGUAGGUUAAGUUAUUCAGGUAGUAAUAGUUCUUCCAAAACUAGUUCAACUAGAUCUAUAGUUUCAAAUCAAUAUCAAUCAGCACAACCUUCAUCUUAUCGUCAUUAUCAAUCUGGAAAUAACCCAGAUCCUGAGUAUCAUUCAAGAAAUAAAAAUUCUAAUACCGAUAGUCAGUAUUCAAAUAGUUCGAACCAGCAAAAUGGGCCAGAUUGUGGAGUUGUAGUCCCAAGAAGGCCCAGUCCAUUGCAAGCCCGUUCACAAGCAUCUCCCUUAGGUCAUGUUCCCAGUCCUGCUUAUCCCAUGUAUAAUAGUCCUAUGAAUUCAAUAGCAUCCCCUCAGCAUGCAGAACAAUCCCAAAUGUCCACUUACAAUAAGAGUUCUGUAGCGCCUAGAUCUCCAUUAGAUGUAACAGUUUCAAGACCUGCCUCUCAAGGCAGUCAGGUAGCAUAUCCCUCUGUCAUAACUCGAGCUUUGGGCAUUGAUCAGGGUAAAUCGAAUGCCGGCUAUUCGGAAUCGACAAAUUCGAGAUAUGACAGAAAUCCAACACCCCAAUCUUCACAAAGCCAACAAAAUUGCUGGGACAAUAAUGAUAACCGUCAAAGAAAAUACACUUCUUACAGUAGCACUAGUACAAAUUCCGAUAUUCAAAAUGUUAGAACGAUAGAAAUACAAUCACAAUUAGUUAUACCUCCUUCAGUUAACCAACAAAAUAUAGCACAACAGGUGGUGCAGCAGAGACCUGCCGUUGCCGCCGAUUCUAAUAAACAACAAGCGUAUUACGACGGACAGACGAGCAACGCUACCACUUUGCAAGAUUUGUCGAGUUGCCGAGGCGAUCCUAUGAGCAUUGUAAAAAAUUUGCAAAAUUUACAGCAGCAAAGCUGCCAGGUUCAACAGCAGGUCGAAGUUAAACCUGUUGCAGCACCUGUUGUGGAAAAGGUUACAGUUUCACCCGCACCUACGGCUGCAGCGUCCAAGCGAAGGAAAAGUAGUGAGAAACCUAAUCUGAACGAAUUAGCUGGAGCUGCCAUGGCCGAAUAUUUCACGAAUCGGGUACCACCUCCUGCACACAGCUCUACGACUAAUCAGCCCCAACAGAACGGUACAUAUUUCGAUUUCGAACGGUGGAAUUUACCGCCUCCGCCUCCCAAAAUGUUUACGGGGGCUGCUUCCGCGUUCGGUUCUCAUUCGGCUAAUUUCAAUAGCCAACACCAGAGCCUGAUGGUGCCACAUCCGCAUACGCACCACGCGCCGCCUAUUCCAUACUUUUCGUCCUUUCACUUGGCACCGCAUCAUCCUUCGUCCGCCGCGAGUAGUGAAUUUCACAAUUCUUCCACUGCCAGUAAUUCCUCUGAACAGCAACUCCCUUACGAAAAUCCGAAUCAGUCGUCCAAUAAUUCCCAACAACAGACUGCUGCAUUUGCUGAAUCACAGCAACGUGAAGACGAACAGCCCAAAGUUGUCGUUCCGAAUAUAGAGGAAGAACUUGGAUUUCUUGCAGAAAACAAUCGAAAUCAACACCAACAACAACAACAGCAACAAGCGAACGCCGGCGGCGCAGGCAUAGUCCAGCAGGGGCAAGCGAACAGUAUGCCGGUGGCGCAGCAACAGCAGGGCAACGACAUGGUGCCCAAGAUCCAAGAGAAGAAAGUGACUGUGCCCGUGACGAGCGGUUCGGGGUUCAUGGCGAGCUAUUUGAAAUUCUUACAAGGCGAACGCGACUCGUCGCCGCCGCCUGCGUCACGCGGAGCUCGCAAGACUAAUACGUGGUCUCGGCCGACUCCGACGGUGACCAGUUCCGCAUCUCCUGCUCCGGUCGUGACAGCAAAACCCGCCGACAAUCUGGCUAGCAACGGCAUGCAGCAGUCGUCGCACCAGCAGCAGCAGCAGCAGCAGCAGCAGCCCACUCCUCACCAGAACAUAAUCGCUCAGGUGAAGAGCAGCGAGGACGACCCGCGCUACUUUCCGCUGCCCAAGGAGCGAAAGCGCAAAGGCUUCGACAGUUCGGACGACGGUUUCGACACGAGCGACGACGACGGCGGCCUCGGCCGUUCGCGCAUGAAGCCCGUGCUGAACGUGCCGAGCGGCAUGCCGGCCGAGAAGGCCAAGAAGCCGGGCAGGCCGCCGAUGGCGCAGAACAAGCCGUGCGCCGCCACUGCCCAGAAAAAGUCGCGAACCCCGAACCCUCCGAACGCGCCGGCACAGUCGCAAAUGCAGGGCCAACAGUACUAUCAACAGCCGGCCGAAGAAGCCGAUCCAUUAUUGUUGCCCCCACGGAGAGAGACUUCGAAGAGGAAGGCCAAGGAGCGCAACAAUAUUGCCCAAUUGAUCGACAGACAGGCUGCAGGUGAUAUGGAUGACCCUGAGGAGCCCCCAGAGUUUGUUGAUUCGGAUUCGGACCCUGCUUGGACCCCACAAGCCACGGCUGAUGAAGAUGGUCUACCAGCAGUAUCAGGAGUUGGCCGAAAGAAGAAAAAGAGCAAAGUGCCUAAUCAGGGACGGAAAGCAAGAAGAUCCAAUAUAUUAUCAGUUGCCGCCCAAGGAGCAGGCAUAAACGACCUCGACUAUUCGUCCGACGACGACGACAUCCCUCCGCCGAAGCAGCGAGUCGGAGUCAUCCAGCAGAUGCAGCCCCAGCACCAUCAAGUUAACACGAACUGCCAGCAGCAGCAGCAGCAGAAUGUCAUCCAGCAUCAACAGCAGACGAUGCCUCAGCAGCAGAACGUCAUAAUGCAUCAUUCGCAGCAACAGCAGCACCAUGUUCAGCAUCAGCAGCAGCAGAACAUGAUGCAGCAGAGGCAGAACAAUGCCAUUAUGACGAAUGUCAUUCAGCAGCAGCAGCAGCCUGCGGGGGAUCAUUUCAAGUUUGCACGGCCGAGGAGUAAAUAUCAUCCACAGGUUUCUAUUUAUCACGAUUCCUUUGUGAUUGCAAGAGCUGAUUUGGUACACGAAAGGCCUACUCUAUGGCGUGUGGAUGGAAAGUCGCUGUUGCAGAAGUUUGAGCCAUUUGAGAGAGAUGGCACACUGCUUUAUAGGAAUAUAUCUACUUAUGCGGCCUGGGUCCCAGAAAACAGGCGCCUGUACGUAGUGGCCCCCGUUAGAAUCCUCAGCCACACGCACCAGGAAACCAUCGUCGAAUUUCUGCGCAACAUGCUCGUCCUCAACGACCAGCAGCAGGAGCACCAGAACAACACAAACGCUCCCAACAAUCCACCGACUGCUCCACCACAGAACGUUGUAAACAAUCAACAACAACAGCAAGUGGUGGUGCAGGGAAACAAUCAGCAACAACAGCAACAGCACCAGGUGAUUGCGAAUAACCAGCAAGUGCAUCAGAUUGCAAACAAUCAGCAGCAGCAGGUGAUUGCGAAUAAUCAGCAAGUGCAGCAUGGUGGUGUUGUGAGAGCCGGUGGAAGGGAUAAUGAUUUUAUACAGAGGUGUAUGGAUUCGACGAUGGUGUAUCAGGAUAACUUUGAGGUUUAUAUACAGACGCUGAUUUCGCAGUCGUUGGAUUCGAACUUUUUGACGGAGAUCUUCCAAGAACAAGAUGAGUAUUUCCUGAGCAACGUUAAAACGGUAGACGAUCUAACAAACGACCGAAGGAUCUGUCUAGUGAACAUCAGUCGUAUACCUAGAAACCUAGAAUUAUCUGUGGCCACCUGGCCUUGUUUUAAUAUUAUAACUGAAUUAGGGGUGCAACAAGGAGCCCAAUGUAUUGUUUGUCAAAAUUUGUUGAGGGACGGAGGACAAGCCAGGUUGCUUCUGUUUGGACAACCUUAUAAUCAGGUCACGCUUGAAGGCUGUCAGCCUGAUGGAAGUAUCAGAAUGGAAAAGGACUUUUUGCUGUGUCGAGAUUGCUCACCACGAAUUGAACUUCUGAAUAAAGUGGUGCAUCAGAAAUAUUUGAUGUUUAUUGAAUGUGCAAAACGUGUUACUGAAAAACGCACUCAGGACCCCAACAAGGACACCACUGUUAUUCUGAAUGAACUGCUGGCCGAUGAGAAUUGGUUGAGCCAGUUGUUCCGAGACGUAAGAAGCACCUGGGCAGAAGUGGACCACAUGGAGCACCAGUGGCGCCUGUCCAGACAAUGAUUUCCCACUUCAAACGGUGUGUGUUUUAUCGAUGACAAUUUUAUUUACCGACUGCAAGACGUUUCUAGGUAGGCAGUCAAAGUGAUAAUUUUAUUAUGCUUUUGAAUUAUGAUACACAAUAUUAAUCUAUUUACAAACA